AUGAGGCCUGUGGCAGAACUACCAGCCUUGGAGGGGCAUGUGCUGUGUUUGGGCCUCGAGACGAAGAUCCAGCGGCAGAACAACAGGGUCUGUCACACUGUGGCUGGCUGGCUAUUGACAUGUGAAACUUCAAGAUGCCGUCUUCGUUCCGAGCAAAUUCGACCGGACAAGCGUCAAGCAGCAUCACGGCGUCGACGACAUCAAGCCGCUGCCUACGGGCAAGCCCAAUACGCUCGACGCAUAGCCCGACGCGCAGACAAGCGAGUCGCGCAACAAAACAGUACCAUGAAUCUGGAUGACACUGUUACUCGUACGGAAGAAGUCGAGAGGAUAAUCCGCCGAUCCGAGGCAAUGGCCGUGGCCGGCAGACGAAAAAGCGCUGGAGACAGACGACUACAUGGCCAUGACAAACCAACUCAAAAAUCAAGAGACGCCCCGUGGCAGUAG